AUGCGUUGUCCUAGUCCAAUUCGUAUUUAGUUGUGUUUGUGAACUUGUGACUCCAUAAGUAUACCUUUAUUGCAGUACGCUAUGGCCAGUAAAAAAAAAUGUGAAUUAGAAAAUUCCUUGACAUACAAAAUGACUACGCCUCAAGCUACUAGACAAGCUAAAGUAACUGAUUUUUUUCACAAAUGUUAAUUUUUAAGAUGUAAUUAAUUAAUAUAAAAAUACAAUUUAUUUAGUUUAUUGAUUUAAUAAAAGUACAAUUUCUCUUUCCAAAUAACGGACACCAAUGAACAGCGAACAAAAUGUAAGCGAUCUAGUGUGUCCGGUAUUUAGAGGUUUCAUUGUAUAUUUAUUUUAAAUUCUAGUAUGGUACCUAUGUGUUAUUGUUAUUUUUUUUCUAUAUUUGAAUUAUUUGUAUACCAGAAUUAUUUAUAGCUAUUUGAAAUAUUUAAUAUUUUGGAUUUUAUAUGGUUUUUGUGGUUUAAAUUGUUUUGAUUCAGCGGAAAUGACUUUGAAAUCUAUAUGAUUAUAAAUAAUCUAUACAUUAUUUAUUAUUUUAUUUAUGGUAAUACCAUAACUGAUAACGGUAUGAUUUUUUUGAAAAAUACCAAAACAGUUUAUUUUGAACUUUCUGCCUAAUCAUGGUUUACGUAAUGUUGCCACUGACCAUGGUGUCAUAAAUAUUUCCGACACCACCAGGUAGCGCUACAAUUUGUCCGAAGGCCAGUUUUAGUGAUGAAUACAUGGUUUUAAUAUAAAAUAAUGAUAAUUUAUAUUAAAUUUUGUAAUUUUGUAAUUUUAUAACUCGGUAUUAUAUACUUGGUACCAAGUUUUAUUGUUUAAAUUCAUUAGUCAAUUAGGUAGGUGUAUAAUAAAAUAGUUUUAAUUAAAAAAGUGUUUAAAUGUUAUUACAUUAUUUUAAAAAUGUAGGUACUUAUUACAAUUUAAAUUAUUUUGCUAAAUUUGUUUGGUUUUUCUUUUUUUCUUUUGCUGCAUUCUCUAUAACACAUGUGAAAUACAUCCUGGAUAAUAAAUACAAUUAUAUUGUAUUUUUCAAGAAUUUAAGUGUUAUAUAGUUAUUUAUAUUUUGUAACUAUUUCAUUUCAGCAUAAUGCCAUCAUCAGGUUACUGAAUACAUAGCUUAAUUAGAUUCAUAUUAAAUUGUGAAAUUAUAAAUUAAAACAAACCUAUAACGUUUUAAAGUAUUCAUAUCUCUGUAUAUAUAUAUAUAUAAAUACAAAUAGAAACUUGAUAUUAAAGAAAAUUGAUUAUAGAUUAUUUUUUAAAACAAUUAAUUUAAUUUAUAAUUGUCAAAUAUCUCAAACGUACAGUAAAAAUAUGUGCUUAAAUUAUAAUAUAUUGUUUUAAUAAAUAAUUGAUUAAUUAACUUGGAAAUAUACAAAAAAUUUACUUUAUUAAAAUGUAAUUAUAAUAGCAAUAAAAGAUAUUAAAGAUUUGAUGAAGACUGUUGAUUAAAUACAUAUUGUCCUCUAUAUCAUACCUUCUAAGCUUAGCACCUACAAAUAUGUUCAUACUUAAUUAUGAUUACUUCAUACUUGUAUAAUUUGUUUGUAGUAAAAAACCAUUGAUUUUUAGUUGUACACAUAUAUUACAUUUAUUAUUUAUGAUGCAUUUGGGACAUAUACAAUGGAUAUAAAAUAAUAAAUUAAUAAAAGAUGGAUUGUGUACAUUGAAUACAAUUUGUUUUGUUUUCUUAAGGAUUAGUAUUAUUUAUUUAAUAAUUCAAACCAUUGGUGCACAAAAAAAAUAAAGUUACCAGUUUUUUAUUUUCUAAUUUUAGUUUUUUUAUUACUAGCAUAGCCAGUUUUGCAUCCUGGCAUGAAACAUUUAUUUGGCAUUCUGGAUUUUUUUUUAGUUUUCUAAAAAAAUUUAAAACUAUAAAUAUAUCUCGUGUGGGAGAACAUUGAUAAUUUUAAAAACUCGAUUAAAUGAUUAAUUCUAUUAUCAUUUAUGAACAUAAGUAAGUAUAACUAUUCCGUUUUUGUACAUAAUUUAGAUCAAUAAAUAAAUAGUCAUAAUAUAUAAUAUAAUUAAAACAUUUUAGUUAUUUUUAAACAAUACUACAAAAAUUAAAAACCACUAGUAGAUAUAAUGUGGGAUAAUAUUAUUAAUUUUGUUUCUUAAAUUAAAACUUAAUAAUUACUUUCUAUUAUCAUUUAUAAACAGUAGAAGAUAUGAAUUAUUUCUUUUUUGUACAUAAUACAUUUAAAAUUUAAAUAAACAUAAUAUACAAUAUUAUUGUAACAUUUAACUCAAAUUCAGUAUGCUUAUUGCUUUUGGUAUAAAUCACUAUAAAACAUAUAAAAAUCGGUCUUCGGGCAAAUGCUAGUGCACUCUGGUGAACAGCCAAUUUGUUGGAUCAAUCUCGUAGCAUUGAAAGAUAUGAAAGCGGCAUCACCUUAUCUUCUCUACAUUGUGCGUACGAUAUAUUUAACUUUGAAGACUGGCAACGCUGUAGCAAUUAGUUAUCUAGUUAUGAUUAUAUAAUAUCUAUAUUUGUGGCUUGUGUAGGUAUAUGAUCUAAUAUUAUAUCUUUGUGUUGUGGUAGAAACUCUGCUCUCGCGUUGUAAACAUUGAAUAUAUCAAAUAACGUAAAGAUUAUAUAGAAAGAUAAAGGUAUAACAAACUUCUGUUUUCUUGUUAAAAUUUCUGAAAUAUUAAAACUUAUUUAAUAAUUAUCAUAAUAAUCAUUUUUUUUUUAUUUUCCAAAUCUUAUAUUUUCUAUGCGGAUUAAAUCGUUUAUUAUUUAGCUCUGUGUGGAAAUUAUUCAUUCCUAAUUACUGUGAAAUAAAUUGAAACGUAAGUAAAUUUAAGAUUUCGAUUAAUAUAUAUUACAUAUUAUAUUAAUAUACCUAUGUAAUAUGAAAAAUGAAAAAAAAUAAGUUCUUGUUGAAUCAUAACUAAAUGUAGAAAAAUAUAAUGAAAACUUUUUAAAACAACUAAAAUGAUUUGUAGACAAUUUCAUAAAUAUACAAAUAUACCUAUUUGAAUAAGAACAUUUUUUUGUUAAUAACAUAAUAUGUAUUAUAUUUAAUCUAUAUUUGUAUGCAUAAUAUAAAAAUAACCAUAUCAUUAAAUAUCUGGUUAGAUUAAAUAGUUUUCAAUAUUCCGUAUUCUAAUUUCAUUUCACUCUGGGGAUAAACAUAUAUUUCCUAUAAAUAUACACUUCUGUGGUAGCUAGUUUUUGGACAUAACUUUCAUAGGUAUUUUCGGAUGUGUCCUGCAAAUUUCAACCCGGUCAGGGAGUGGGUUGCUCGGAUGGAGGAAUUUAGUGUAGUCAGUUAUUAAGUAUGGCCCUAUUAAAUAAUAUGUUUAAAUCUUUAUUUACUCUUUUGAUCUAGAGUAUUCAGGUAAAAUUCUUACAAUUUGUAGUAAAUAGGUAGGUACAUAUUUAAAAUAUAUAUAAACUGCAAUGUAUAAUAAAAUACCUAUAUUCUAUUAACAUUAGAUUUUUCACACAUUAAUUAAAUUUUAAAUAUAAUUAAUAGAAUAGUCAAUAGAAUUAGAAAAUUUAAUAAGUUUAGAAAAUUUAUAUAUAAUUAUUUAUUGUCUUAAAUUAUACUAUAGUAGGUUUAUAAGUGAUAAACGAUAACCGAGACGAUAACUUAAUAGAAUUAAAAGAUAUAAUAAUAAACUAUUAAAAGGUAUUUUUUCAUAGACUAAUAAUAAACUGUAUAACCUAUUAAAAUCUAUAUACCUAUUGACAUUUAAAAUCUAUGAUUAUUUUGUAUGAAGUUUGAAGCUUUUUUGAAUAUAGGAUAAUUCUCCCUAAUUUAGGAUGGUUGCCAAUCCUAAUCUACUUGUAUAUUAGAAGUUUGUAUUGGAUAUAAUAUUGUGUAAGGACAUUUUUACUGGUCAAAUUAAUUGAUACAUUUUAUUUUAAAAUAACUAUUACUUAUUAAAUUAGUUAACUUCAAAACUUGAUUUAUAUCUGAACAUAAAUAAAUGGUUAAAAACCAACAUUUUUUUCUCUGUUUGUCUCAUGCGUAUUAUAAAAACUAAGGCAUUCUACGUUUCCACAAAUGUGACUCUUUGGUUGAGUUUAUGGAAAUAUGACCUAUUGUAUUACUUAUAUGUUUUGUAAAGAAGCAUAUUUACUAUUUUAGUAUGAAUUCUAGGUAUGAAUGACUUUUAAUAUUUUUAGUUUUUGAUAAGUUAUUAAUGGUUAAAAUUAAGAGAAAAUUUAAAAAGCCUAUUUGAUAAAAAAAAAAAAAAGGAAACCAUUAAAAAAAAAUCAUUUGUAUGAUCCAUAGUAGAUAUUUGUCUUUAUAAAAUGUAUCACUUAUAGGAUCUUUUGCCCUAAACUCAACCAGGUCAAGUACAAAAUGCCUUUAUUGUUAUAUUAAUUGGGUACAAGAACAGACAAAAUAAAUUUUACUGUUGAGACACAUUGAAUUGUAUUUUUAAUUUUUAUCACUUAGAUUAUUUAUUUGUUUAUUAUUAUUAAAAUAAUUUGUUUUAUUCAAUUUAGAAAAUGAACCAAAACGGAUUUAGUACUGGCGAAGAAGAUUCAAAAGGUCCUAUUGAUAAGUUUUGCUGUUUACAAGAAGAUGGACUUCGGUGUCAGCGACAAGCAGGGAAUGCUUCGUAUAGUAAAAAAAUACGCAAUACUGUUAGGCAACUGAAGUUACAUUUGGAUAAUGUUGUAUGUUUGGAAUUUUUUAUAUAUUUUUUUUAAAUUAUAAUUUUUUGUUUUAAUAAAACAUAUUUUAUUAGGCAAGACACAUCUACAUUUGUGAUUACCACAAAAAUAUGAUUCAAAGUGCCAGGUCUUUAAAACCAUCUAAUCAGGAAGAAACACCAGAAAUAGACUUUGCACAGUUACAAAUGAAUACACUUAGACGUUACAAAAAACAUUAUAAAGUAGUAACAAAACCAAGUUUAAAUAAGGCUCAGAUGGCAGAGGUAAUGUUUUUACUUAAUUAAUUAUAGUUAUAAACCUAUUUUGUCUUAUGAGUGAACGGGACUGUUGUAGAACGGGAUAUUAACUGCUGCAGUUUGUUAUGUAGGUAAUAAAAUGUAUGUAGAUGUGUUCAUAUAAAUUAGUUUUAUCCCGAACAAGUCCCAUUCUCUCAUUAGACAUUAUAGUAAUAUUUAUAUAAAUACCUGUAACUUACAACACCUAUUUAUGGAUAGUAUUAAAAUAAUCAUUAUUUGUUCAUAAAUCUUUAUUUUACUUUUAUCUUCAAUAUUGCAAAUGAUUUCAAUAAUAGUUAUAAACCAUUUGGUUAAUGUGCAAUAAUUUCAAAAUAAUUUAUCAUAGUUUUGUUUUCUUUCAAAUCACAUAGUAUUUUAUGUUUUAUAUUUGGUACCCAUGUAUUUUUUUUAUCAUUUAAUAAUUAAAUUUAUUCAUAAAAAUUCCAUUUUGAUUAUGACGAUUUAUCAUUACUUUCAGUAUAUAAAUUAAACUUCUGAUGUGAAGUGCUUCCAUUUUUUUUACAUUUAUGUUUUUAUUUCUAACUUUUCCAUUAGGUACUAAUAUUUAAGUUGUAUAUUAAAAUAAAAAUAUGCAUUAAACUUUUUUUUAUACAGUUAGGCGUCAAAAUAAUUUUUUUUUUUUUAAAUAAGCUAUGUAAUUUAUGUUAAUAAAUCAUCAUCAUUCAUUAUCAAUAAAUAGUAGUAUAAAAUAACAAUUUGUAUUUUGAAUAAAAUACAAUAAAUUUUCAUUUGAAAAAAAAAUGUUUCAGACACUCUUUUCUCAUUUUAAAACAAUACCAGUCAACGAAAAAGAAGCCCUUACAUUCUUUAUAUACACAAUUAAGACCAAUGGUAAUAAAUUGGAUCAAAAAAGUGCAAGUACUACCACUGAUACAGUACAAUCGUAAUUAUCAUAUUAUAUGAAACAUUAUUUUAUUUUAUUUUAUUUUAUUUUAAUGGUAUUAGUACAUUUAUUUGUAUUAACCAAUUUGGUUUUUUAAAUUUAAAUGUAUUAAUUAUAUUUUGUAAAAAUAUUCUUAUACAAAUUUGUGAUUAUAACUUGUAUAUUAUUUUGUAUUUAAUUCACAUUAUUAUUAAUAUUAAUUUACAUAUUCGAGCCCCUUAAAAUAACUACUUUUAUCUGGUCAAAUAAACUAAUUAGGUA